GACGGACCAGUAGGAGGAGCGGCAGCGGCGGCAGCCGGAGCCGGAAGGCGGGGAGGAGCCGUCCGUUGGGCCCGAGGCGGCGGCGGCGGCGGCCGGGGCGAACCGCUCUUGUCGCCUCUCGGGGCAGGAGCGGCGGGGCCCGCGCCUCCUCCCCCCGGCGCCGCGGAGGGGGGAGGAGGAAGAUGGAGACCCACAUCUCGUGCUUGUUCCCGGAGCUGCUGGCCAUGAUCUUCGGCUACCUGGACGUCCGGGAUAAGGGGCGCGCGGCGCAGGUGUGCACGGCCUGGCGGGACGCCGCCUACCACAAGUCGGUGUGGCGGGGGGUGGAGGCCAAGCUGCACCUGCGCCGGGCCAACCCGUCGCUGUUCCCCAGCCUGCAGGCCCGGGGUAUCCGCCGUGUGCAGAUCCUGAGCCUCCGCCGCAGCCUCAGCUACGUGAUCCAGGGCAUGGCCAACAUCGAGAGCCUCAACCUAAGCGGCUGCUACAACCUCACUGACAACGGGCUGGGACACGCGUUUGUGCAGGAGAUCGGCUCCCUGCGUGCCCUGAACCUGAGCCUCUGCAAGCAGAUCACCGACAGCAGCCUGGGCCGCAUAGCCCAGUACCUCAAGGGCCUGGAGGUGCUGGAGCUGGGGGGUUGCAGCAACAUCACCAACACCGGCCUCUUGCUCAUCGCCUGGGGUCUGCAGCGCCUCAAGAGCCUUAAUCUCCGCAGCUGCCGCCACCUCUCAGACGUGGGCAUAGGGCACCUGGCUGGCAUGACGCGCAGCGCCGCCGAGGGCUGCCUGGGCCUGGAGCAGCUUACGCUGCAGGACUGCCAGAAGCUCACUGACCUUUCUUUAAAGCACAUCUCCCGGGGGCUAACGGGCCUGAGGCUCCUCAACCUCAGCUUCUGCGGAGGCAUCUCGGACGCGGGCCUCCUGCACCUGUCGCACAUGGGCAGCCUACGCAGCCUUAACCUGCGCUCCUGCGACAACAUCAGUGACACUGGCAUCAUGCAUCUGGCCAUGGGUAGCCUUCGCCUCUCAGGACUGGAUGUGUCGUUCUGUGAUAAGGUGGGGGACCAGAGUCUGGCUUACAUAGCCCAGGGCCUGGACGGCCUCAAGUCCCUUUCCCUCUGCUCCUGCCACAUCAGUGACGAUGGCAUCAACCGCAUGGUGCGGCAAAUGCAUGGGCUGCGCACGCUCAACAUCGGACAGUGUGUGCGCAUCACAGACAAGGGCCUGGAGCUGAUCGCUGAGCACCUUAGCCAGCUCACUGGCAUAGACCUGUAUGGCUGCACCCGAAUCACCAAGCGCGGCCUGGAGCGCAUCACGCAGCUGCCCUGCCUAAAGUCUUUUCCUCUUUUCCAGGGAUUGCUCUGAUUUUGCCUGGUGGAGUUGCCUGUACCAACCCAGAACAUUUGGUACUAUGUAAAGUCGAGUCUUCUGGUUAAGGUGGAAGAGAAAGUAAGCUUGAGAUCUUAACUGUGCAGCACUAGCAUGGGGGUAUGUUGAAUAUCCCCGCAAAUAAAACAGAAGUGCAAUUCCUCCGCUUGCUGUUUGUUAACCCAGAAAAGUGCACGUUCUUUUCUUUAAAAAAGAAGACUUCUGUUUUU